GUGCCGCGUGCAUGCACAAACUAGCUAGCUAGCUAGCCACAAUGGCCAGCGAUCUAGAUCUAAAUGGAAUUCUCAACAAGAUAGACCAGAAUGCCUCUACUGAUCAACUAGAGAAGCUGAAACUACUGGCAGCAGCUGUGGUCUCAUUCAAGAUCAUUGAAGACCCAUCGAAGAUUACUGGUGAUAUCUAUAGGGCUGUGUUCGAUGUGUUUGUAGAGGAACCUAACGCAGUUACAGUGUUCAAGAGGCUACUAACAGGAGCUGGCUAUGCUAGGAGACUUAUUGAAGAACUAACACAAUUCACUGUUGCAUCCCAGCCGUCCCCAGACCUAGAAAAGCUUUAUUUCUACGAACUUCUUGUCAAAGUUUCAGAUCAAGUCGGAAAUGGCGAGUACUUUCGGUAUCUGAGGAACCGCAUACCACGGAAAUUGCUCGACAUAAACCGUGAUCGAAUUUCAACUUGUGUACGAUUGUUUCAAAUCUUAGAGCAGAAGAGAAUAUUAGACCCAUUAAAGGCGACAAGCUCUCUCACACAAUUGGAGGGAUGGCUCAAGGACAUCAAUAGAGAUGAUGUCGCUGAGAUUGUGAGGAAGAGGAUCGAUGAAAUUAGAGAAAGGGAGCAACCGCAACAGGGUGGAAUUCAACCUCUUAAUGAUGGAGAUAGAGUCAUACAACCAGUACAAGAAACAGAGACCAUAUAGGGCUAUUUUGGUGUUAUUGUGUGUUUUAUGUUCAUUAGUUAUUGUUUAAUAUCUUACAUAUAUUAAUUGUCAUACAUUUUUUAUUUUAGUCGAUUCUC